GUUGGAGACUCCCCACAUUGGAUUCUUUUCAGCAUUGGUUUCUCACCCCCACAUUGGAUUCCUUUUGUGUUGGAGACUCCCAACAUUGGAUUCUCCUGGUGUUGGAGACUCCCCACAUCUGAUCCCUAUAUAAUACUUGCACAAUUUUCAUAUCUCCACCACAACUCUUCUUAUUCUAUAUUCAUAACUCUUUACAUUCCUCCUUAGAUUAUGGCAUCUAGUCGCGGAAAAUCUUUUUUACAAGAAGAAGACCAAGUUUUAUGCGCCACGUGGCUCGAAAUUUCUCAAGAUCCAGUCAUGGGUUCUAAUCAAAAGAAGGACAAGCUGUGGGAACGAAUUUCUGCUUUAUUUCAUGAAAGGAUUUCCAAUAUUUGUAAUGCUCAAAGGACUCCAAAGUCUCUUUCAUGCCGAAUGCAAUUAAUUAUGAAGGCCAUCAGUAAAUUUCGAGGAUGUAUUCGACAAGUCGAGCGCUUAAAUCCAAGCGGUGCUUCUGAGCUUGACAUUAUUAAACGUGCUAGGAUAAUAUUUGCAGAAGAUCCAGAAGAGAGAAAGGGGUUUCUAUUUGAUCAUGUUUGGUCAAUUUUAAAAGAUGCAGAGAAAUGGGCAAAUAUAAGUGUCAGAUCGCCUGCAACUUCCAAAACUUCAAAGUCCCGCUCAUCUCAGGGAUCAGAUUCAAGUUCUCCUGUCGUCGACUUAAAUGACGAUAAUGAGGAAUAUACUCAUAAUGACGAAGAUAUGAUAACAAGUCGACCGACAGGAAGGAAGAAAGAGAAGAUGAGGAGGCGACAAGCAACUGAAUCCAACCUCGACUUGGAAACUCUCAAUAAAAGCAAUUAA